UAUACAGUGUCCCCAGAACCAUGGCCGAAUACUCCUAUGUGAAGUCCACCAAACUCGUGCUCAAGGGAACCAAGGCUAAGAGUAAGAAGAAAAAGAGCAAAGAGAAGAGAAAAAGAGAAGAAGAUGAAGAAACUCAGCUUGAUAUUGUUGGAAUCUGGUGGACAGUAACAAACUUUGGUGAAAUUUCAGGAACCAUAACAAUUGAAAUGGAUAAAGGAACCUAUAUACAUGCACUUGACAAUGGACUUUUUACACUGGGAGCUCCACAUAAAGAAGUUGAUGAGGGCCCUAGUCCUCCAGAGAAGUUUACAGCUGUCAAAUUGUCUGAUUCCAGAAUUGCCCUGAAAUUUGGCUAUGGAAAAUACCUUGGUAUUAAUUCAGAUGGACUUGUUGUGGGGCAUUCGGAUGCAAUUGGACCAAGAGAACAAUGGGAACCAGUCUUUCAAGAUGGGAAAAUGGCCCUAUUGGCCUCAAAUAGCUGUUUUAUUAGAUGCAACGAAGCAGGCGAUAUAGAAGCGAAAAGUAAAACAGCAGGAGAAGAAGAAAUGAUAAAGAUUAGAUCCUGUGCUGAAAGAGAAACUAAAAAAGAUGAUAUGCCAGAAGAAGACAAAGGAAAUGUUAAACAGUGUGAAAUCAAUUAUGUAAAGAAAUUUCAGAGCUUCCAAGACCACAAACUUAAAAUAAGUAAAGAAGACAGUAAAAUUCUCAAAAAGGCCUGGAAGGAUGGAUUUUUGCAUGAAACACUUCUGGACAGGAGAGCCAAAUUGAAGGCUGAUAGAUACUGCAAAUGACCAGAAUUUUUGUUUCUGUCUCCUC